AAUCAUCAUUCACUCUCUUUAGCAUUUCUCCAUAAUAGCCCUUCACCCAUCAGUUUCAUCGUAGUUGAAGAAUCAAAGUUCGAUCACUGGAUUUACUUUUAGAUAAAAUUUAAUUACUCAAAAUUUGCAGGAAUUCACAAACUUUUUAUCGUUAUGGCUGUACCUAUUGAAACAAUAGACCUUGAAGUGGAAGAAAACGAUGCUGUUAUUGAGCAUCCUGAAAGGCUGGCAGAGUCCCAAAAGGAAUUGGGUAAUCAGCAUUUCAAAGCCAGGCAAUAUCCAAAGGCUCUAAUAUGCUACAGCGAGGCUAUUUCUCUUUGUCCUGGCACUGCUACAAACUACGGCAAUCGCUCCGCCUGUUACUUGAUGAUGAAUAAAUUUCAUGAAGCACUUGAAGAUGCCAGAAAAUCUGUCAUGCUUGAUCCCAAAUAUGUGAAGGGAUUUUUGAGGAUAGCAAAAUGCUACACAGCCUUGGGAGAUGUGUCUGCUGCUGAAAAUGCAAUUUCUCAAGCCAAAGAAGUGAGUGUAGACAACUCAAUCACUCAACAAGAGGCUCAGUUGAAACAGUUGAAAAAUACCUACGAAGAAAUUGACAAAGCUGUAUUGAAGAAAGAUUUUCGAAAGGCUUUAUAUUACUAUGAUCGAGCUUUGGAAAUAGCAACUGCGUGCACUAAACUGAAGUGUAUGAAAGCAGAAUGCCUUGUCCAACUUGGCAGAUACCAGGACGCGCUUGAUGUCACCACAGAGUCUCUACAAAGCGACCAAAACAAUCCGGAUGGCAUAUACGUUCGUGGACUGUGUCUCUACUACCAAGACAAUGUUGAUAGAGCGUUCACAUACUUCCAGCAUGUCUUGAAAAUCGCUCCAGAUCAUCGUAAAGCCAUGGAUGCAUACAAGCGCGCAAAACAACUGAAGUUGAAGAAAGAAGAAGGGAAUGAAGCUUUCAAAAGUGGGAAUCUUACUCAGGCUUACACAUUAUAUUCAGAAGCUCUGGCCAUUGAUCCACUAAACAAAGUCACAAAUGCCAAGCUACAUUUCAACAGGGCAACGGUCGCUUCAAAGUUGGGGCGCCUGAAUGAAGCUGUAUCUGAAUGCACGUCCGCCCUUGCACUCGAUGAAAACUACCUGAAAGCUUUACUGAGGAGAGCAAAAUGCUACAUGGAUCUUGCUCAAUAUGAAGACGCUGUUAACGACUACGAAAAGGCUUACCAGAUGGACAAGAGUAUUGAUAACAAAAGACUAUUGAUGGAUGCCAAGCUGGAACUUCGGAAGUCCUUGCGAAAAGAUUAUUACAAAAUUCUUGGUGUUGAAAAGACGGCCUCCACAGAUGACAUUAAGAAGGCUUACAGAAAACGUGCUCUAGUUCAUCAUCCAGAUCGCCAUGCGAAUGCUUCGGAAGGUGAGAAGAAAGAACAAGAGAAAAAAUUCAAAGAGGUUGGAGAAGCAUAUGGAAUUUUGUCAGAUCCCAAGAAGCGCGUUCGAUAUGACAACGGACAAGACUUGGAGGACAAUGACAUGGGCUUGGCAAAGAAAAGAGCUCGCUAUGACGAGUGUUGGAAGGCCCAGUGGUGCAGAAAUAUGGGUGCGCGCAUCGAUCCGAACACAGUAUUCCAGGCAUUCUUCGCCGACCUCGGCAAUCAGGGCGGCGCGUCGUCCUUCCACUUUGGAGGCGGCGGUGGGGGUGGUGCCGGUGCUUUUCCGGGAGUCUUCUCCUUCCAAUUCCAGUAAACCUGCAUUCAUGUCGGUGUCGAGAUUCCAAAUUUUCGAACUUGCAUUAUUGUUUGAAAUAUCUCUCAUCCUCACCUUUUGAAGACUGGCGACAACUAUUCCAACACCUCCACAGCUGUCUCUGUUCAAGACAUAGAUAAGCACAUAAAUUACAAUUCACUUCAACUCUACGAAAUGUUUAAUGGUGUUGAUUAACGUUAGAUUAUUAUUUCGUACUUGUAAACUAUUGUUGAUUGGUUAUAACUCUCCCCAUUUGUUUUGUGUGUGAAUAAUGAACUCACUGUUCUAAACCAGUUCUCAUUAAGCUUUAAAAUCAUAAUUUACUCCUUAUGAGUUACUUGAAUUUAUCAAAAUUAUAGUCAGAACCAUUACGUUUAAAUAAUCUCAUCUCUCCUUCCCUUUCAAAUGCUAAUUUCACCUAUUUUAUUUUUUUUCAAUUGAAAUUCAAAUACUUCUCUAUUGUCAUGUGUUGUUAUACGCCAGAAACGGAAAUUUUUAUUUUGACUGUUUUUUAUUUUUAUCAUUCAAUAUAUCUUAACAUUCUAGAUCCUGUGAUAACUUGUUCUUAGGGAUUGUUUGAGAAGAGAUUCCUCGAAUCCUGAUGGUGUUAUUUUAUGCUCUGUAACUAGAUUUUCAAAUCAGUAGCAUUGAAUCACUGCUGAUUGAACUUUGGGAAUACUGUACUUCAGUUUGAUUCUAGAAUAUAUUGUGAACUUAUCACCACAAACAUCACUCAUUUUGAGGGAAAUAUCCAGUGAAUUUGAUUAUUAGUUUAUCGAAACUUAUGAUUGUAUUUUUCUUGAAAACUUUAUUGAUUUUGAGUGUGAAUGAAUAAUUGAUUAUAGGAUCAAUCGAAAUGCUGAAUAUCAGAAAUCAUAUUAGUCGUUUAUCAUGAACAUGGAUUAUGAUGUCCGUAUUUUCUUAUUCUAUAAGAUUAAUGAACCCUAUUAAAAUAGCAUGUUUUGCACAUAAUUAUACUUCUAGUCUAUUCAAUAUAACUUCGAACUAAACAUGCUGUUAUAUCUUAUUGAAUAAUGGGAUUAUUUGGUCUGAGAAUAAAUAAAUAUAGAAGUAAGAAUGAGCUAUCUUAUUUCAAUUAACUAUUCCAAUAAGUCAAAUUGAAGAAAGUGAGUUAUUUGUCAAGUAAAUAAUGUCAUGUUGAGUCAAUUCUUAAAACUGCUGCAAAAGCGAUCACAGUCAUAAGAGGUAAAACCUCUUUGAAAAUAAUUUAUUAGCUCAUGUGAUACAAAGCCUACCAAUAAGAUUAUUUCUGUUUCUCUCGUGGAUGUAAAUUUAAAUCUUUUAUAUUUUCAUCAACUCAGGAGUACUCUGAGCUUUCCAAACUUUUGAAAAAUGCAUCGAUAUAAUGCAAAUUUUCUUAUUAUUUUAUGAAAACUUGAAACGUAUUAGUUUACUUAGAGGCUUUCUAACGCUAAACAUCUCUGUUAUGUUGUCAGUUCCUAGUCAAUGACAAAAACCGUUAAGAAUGAGCUACCAGCUCCGACCUGCAACUUUUAUUGUAAAAAUUUAUAUUGUGAACCUUAAUUCGUGUUCAUUUUCUACAAUGGUUAGAAAUCGGUAUUCAUAAAAUAUUAACUCUGAAUUUUCAUUACAAAUAUUAAUUUUCCACAAUGUUCAGAAAUCGGAAUUCCUAAAAUAUUUCUGAGAACUGAUAUUUCCUAAAAUAUCAACUCUGAAUUUUCGUUCAAAUAUUGUUCAUGUAAAGGAAGCUGCUCAUUACAUCAAUAUUGACUCUCAGUACUGCACCUUCCAAUAUUUGUUCAUAUUGCAGAUUUAUUGAAUAUUCUAUCUUGAAGUUGUAGUCUGUAUAAGAAUCCGAGUAGGAUUGUGUAUUCUAUCUUGAAAUAUCCUUAUUAUGAUUUGAUGAGACUUCAAUUGAAAUAAGUUUAGUAGUUUUUAUCCAUGUAACAUGUUAGAUGAGGUUUUCAACAUAUAUUAACUCUAUGGAAUAAUCUCCUCGCUUCAAUUUUUAGAGGGCUCCUUGUGAUUAUAAUGAGUAAAAUACUGAAGUAGUUGAACUUAUUGUUACAUAUUUGUUCUUGUAUUUGAAAGACACUAGAAUGACUUAUUUAGUAUUUAGAUUAGUCUUGGUAUAGGUUGUACAAAUUUCAUAAUUUUUGUUUUUCAUCCUUCAGUAGCCUAUGUUCUAGUGAUUCGAAUAAAAAUUUUUUAUGUUGUAA